ACUUUGAGGACAUAAUAGCCACUCAAAUCCAAGCUGUUCUAUCUCCACUGUAGACUACUCCCCUGUUCUUUAUUAUCUAAUAGAACCCUGCCACGUAUUGUGUCUAACCACCAUAACUGAAGUAAUUUUCUCGAAGCAUUCAUCAAUGGCGAUAAUGGCUUCCACCACUUCAACUUCAAGGCUUCCUAAUCCUUUACCAUUAGCUACAACACACUCCCUCAAUACAACAACUUGUUCCUUCACUUCUUCUUUUCGUUCUACUUCUUUGGGUUUCAAGAAACUGAGUUUUUCUACUAGAAAUCCAGGUUUUCGAAGUUGUUCGACGUUUAAGAUAAGGUGUGGUGGCAUAGCAGAGAUUAAGGAGGAACAGUUCUCGGAGGUUGUCUUGAAAUCUGAUCGUCCUGUACUUGUGGAGUUUGUUGCAACAUGGUGUGGACCUUGUCGUUUGAUUAGUCCUGCUAUGGAAUCCCUUGCUGAGGAGUAUAAAGAAAAGAUCGCUGUUGUUAAGAUAGAUCAUGACUCGAGUCCCAAGCUCAUAGAAGAGUACAAAGUUUAUGGAUUGCCAACUUUGAUUCUCUUUAAAGAUGGAAAGGAAGUUCCAGACAGCAAAAGGGAAGGUGCGAUAACAAAAGUUAAACUCAAGGAAUAUCUUGAAGGGCUUCUAAAGACAGUUUCUAUCACGUAAUAUAUGGGAAAAUGUUCAGCGGUUCUGGUAUCUUCAUCAGUUUAUAACGUGAGACAUUUCUUGUCUUGUCAAUAUUCGUUAUCUUGAUAUUGCCUAUAAUUUGACAUACUUCCUUGAUUAGCCGAGAAUAGUGGGGAUGCAUUGCAUAUUUUAGCAGUCUGGGGGCGAGAACCUGUUUGGAUUUGUAUAUUUGAGUUGUCUAUAAGAUAAAAAUAAUUGCAUAUUUUCAGAGUUAUAAAAAUAAUUGCAUAUUUUCAGAGUUA